AUGGCGAAUGGAGAUGGAAUACUCGUGUUACCGGACGAGUAUGGCACAGAGAGGCUGUCUGCGGUGAAUAGCAGUAGUCAGAUGAGUCGUUCGAGUUCGAAUCGUUUUCAAGUAAACCAUUUUGAAUCUUGUUCAUCUUCAGCCAGCUUCCGGGUUUUAAAUGAUUGCACUCAAGUGGCAUAUUCCCUGGGUGCACUCGAGCGAUCUCUAUAA